AUGAAAGAAGCAAAGGCUAAUUGGAUAUCGGAGAGGCUCAAACCAUCAGCCACAAUGACAGGGACUGACUGUAUCCUAACAAGCGAGGAGGUGGUGGAGAAGGAGACGAAGCAAGUACAGAAGCGAUUGAAUUUAAGUAAACCCGAACUCCCCAAUUGGUGGAGCUUUUCUGACAUAAAGAAAUACCUAUAUAGAUUGAAGCUGUGGGUUUGGUCGUGUUUUUUAAAUCUGGCUUUCGUUCACUGGAUUACAAUUCAGAUUCGGAGCGGCCUCAUCUGCAUCUUACGGGUUGGUCCUUUGCCCCAGCAUAUAUCCUUUAUAAUGGACGGCAACAGGCGUUUCGCACAAUACUUAGGCGUGGAUAAACAAUCUGGCCAUGAAGCCGGUGCUUUAACUCUAUUGAACGUAUUGAGCGCGUGCAAACAGCUGGGCAUCAACACUGUCUCCACUUUUGCGUUUUCUAUUGAAAACUUCAACAGACCUCGCGAGGAAGUUGAGAUACUGAUUAACAUGAUGACAGAAAAGCUCGACGAGGUCGCUCGUAUGGCACAGAACCGUGAAAACAAGUUUUACGGGCUUCGCAUUCAUGUCGUUGGUGAAAGAUCCAUGAUCUCGAAAUCGCUCAAUGAGAAGAUCUCUUAUAUUGAGAGAUUGACUAACAGAGGCGAAUCUAUGCUACUUUACGUGUGUUUCCCCUACACGUCCAGAAAUGAAAUAUACCAUGCUGUCUACAACUCCGCGGAAAGCUGCAAAUACCAUGGCAAGUCAUCUGGAGACACGACAGUUCACACCUUCAACCAACAUUUGUUUUUUGGAGAAGCAUCUAGCAAGUGUGACUUAUUAAUUAGGACUAGUGGACACACUCGUCUUUCGGAUUUUAUGCUGUGGCAAAUACACCAAAAUGGGGUGGUUGAGUUCACCGACACGUUGUGGCCGAAAUUUGGAUUCCUGGAGUUCUUCACCAUAUUACUGAGAUGGAGUUUCUUCGCGAGUCUACAGCGCCGUGAAUUAGCCGAUAUAUCACUCAGCUCCAGAGCUUGGAGAGCUCUCAAAAGAGGCCUAGUUCCAUCUAAACGGAAAAUUGUUCGCUAUGACGAUUUACCUGAACCCCCAAAGACAGUAUCAGUAGCACUCAAGGGCUGA